AUGCUCUUCAAGACACUUGCACUCGCUGCUCUGUUGCAGGGCAUCGCUGCGCAAAUUGGCGUCGGCGUCCCUGGGAGCUCAAAUUCCCUAUACGGAGGGUCGCGCUUGUGCAACCACUCUUUUGCAGACGCCAACACGACCGGAAUCGUCACGUUUAACCCGGCUAUAGCGCAGGGUCAACAAACCUCCGGCAGCUUUUCAAGUCCAGUGUCAUGGGCGGCGACAAAUUUCCAGCCAUUUAAUGCCGUCGAGAACUCAUCCCACUCGGAGUUCUCACUCUGGAUCUCUACCAAUGGGGUCAACUACACCGACAAUUUCGGAUUGGGCUUCGAUGCCUGUUAUUUUCGGCUAUCGAAUCUUCUGGUCAACACGGUAUUGCGGGGACAAGACGAUGAUGGGACCUGCUCCUCCACCCUCAACAAAGCAUGUAUCAAUGACCUGCAAAACGCCGCUAGCACUUAUGCUAUACAGCUGGUCGGCGCCGGCUCUGCUAGCAACCUUACUGCCAACUCGCUGCCCGGUGUCUGCUCCAGUAUCGCGGAAAAGACGACUAGAAAUUUUCCUAGCUCGUGCGCCGUCUUCUUCGAUGGACCCGGGAGACUAAGUGGCGGUCUACCAGACUAUGGCGGACCACUCACCGGGCCUCAUUCUCUCAUUAAAACCAGCCAAUGUACCUCAAACAGUAGCUUCCGUCUUCUGUGGUCGCAGUUCGAAGCAGCAAAUCCUGGAACCUACGCUAUUGGCAACUGGGUGAUUGAUCCACUUCUGACAACUUUUAUGCCUAUCGCGGAUUCCACACGCCCUGUGACACUCUCCCUUGCGAAGUCCAUUAUGUCUUGUGUCCGUGCGAAGAACGUGAACUCUGGGAGCGUGAUACCACCGGUAGCCCCAACAGCGACACCCAUCGGCACGGCAGGUAAUGACACCACCGCAGCACCGAAUCCGGCCUCAGCGACGGCGCAAACCGGAAUGCUAUCUGGGGGUGCCAUUGCCGGUGUAGUCAUCGGUGCGGCUGCUGGAGUAGCCCUCUUGCUCGGGCUGUUCUUCCUGGUCCGGAGAUCCAGAGUCGCCGAAAAAGAUCGUGUCGGUCAGCAUAGUUCCACUUCAGAGAACGAGAACUCCAGCCUUGUGGAUGGCGGUCGUCACGGUCAUGCGGCAGAGGUCGAUGGGCAUGGUCCGAUGGUGGAAGCGCCGCAUACGAAUGGGUACUACGAAAUGCAGGUGCCGCUAACCGAGCUUCAAGAGAAGAACUUUGAACCGAAAGAGCUACCCGCAUAG